GAAAGCAUUGAAAUUGUUCAUAUCCGACUAAACACGUACUAGAGACGAAAUAAGAAUACCAUGUGCUAAAUGUUGAUUCAUAGGUAGCCACUUUUGGUUUGAGGGUUAGUUACAUAUAUUCAUCACGUCAGCUCAUGAAUGUCCUUUUUUUAAAAGCAGAUAUCCCAUUGAGGAAUAAUUUUAAUAUGAGAAGGGAGUCUAAGCACUGUGAUUCGAUAAAAGUUCUUUUUCCAGGGGGUCACGAAGUAAAAGAGUAUUAUUUGCCGCUGAAGUUCCAAGCAGAAUUUAUUGCUCAUAUCGAGGCAAGGUGAGUACAAAUAUCUAUGGGCUGCUUUUUAUAGUUCCUUUUACUCCUUUCUCUGGUUUAAUUGGUGGUGAAAUUCUUCACACCUCCGGAAAUGGUGUUGCAUGAUUUCGAUUACAGGUGUUAGGUGUUGAUUUGAUAAACAAGGCCUCAGUUGUCAAUCUCUCUCUCUUCACUUGUUCAAAUUAUAUGUUAAAAUUGUCACUAGUUCAUCUUAUUGCGUGAUUAUUUGAAACUGAAAAUAUCUUUCAUACUUUUAUUUCAGAUUGCUAACGUGUUUGUGUACAAUCGGAUUUGUAAGCACGUGUAAUGAUUGAUAGAAAAUGUGUUGAACUUUGUUAUAAAUAUCUUGAUAAAGUUGUACGUCUUUGCCAACAGCCGAAAUUGAGUUUGAAGAUUAGUCAGCCAUAUAUUCUCGAUAUAAUUCCAGAUAUAUACGAAAAGCUACAGAGUAUUAUUGCUCAUUAUGACGAUAACUACAGUGUUCUUUUUCGAAUAGAAUACUUUCAAAUAUACAUUUCGACUGUGAUAGAAAAAUGCAAGCAAACUAUCAAUUUGUUUAAAAAUUCUAGAGAAAUGAUAUUUGAUGCUAAUUCAGAUGCGCGUUCUCGCCUAGUUAAGUUGUCGCUGAUAUAUUCGCACUUACUGAAGGACUUGGAAGCACUCUUUCCUCACAAUAUUUUUGCUGCAAUGGAUUUCCGUAUAACCAAACCUGAUGCAGCUCGUUGGUGGUUGUCGAAUUUUGGACAUAGUGCAAUCGUUUCGUGGCAGUUAUUUAAAUGCUCACUACUUCAAACUUUCUGCAUAGAUUCCGAGAGUCAAUUAUCUGCACUCCAGACGACAAUAGACCUUACCUGCAAUGAUUAUGUAUCUAUCUUCGAGUUCGACGUCUUUACGAGACUGUUUCAGCCAUGGUGCAACAUACUGGAAACGUGGAAAGCUUUAGCUAUUCUUCAUCCAGGAUAUAUGGCUUUCAUGACAUACGACCAAGUUAAGACGGUUCUCAAGCGUUACUGUACUCACCCUGGUCCUGGAACUUACAUUUUUCGCUUAUCAUGCACUAAAUUAGGGCAGUGGGCUAUUGGUUAUAUAACUCGAGAACUGAAAGUACUGCAGACUAUAAUACAAAAUAAAUCUUUGGCACAAGCUUUAGUUGAUGGAGAAAAAGAAGGGUUUUAUUUAUAUCCAAACGGAAAACCUAGUCCAAUGGCACUGCUGUAUCAUUUAACUCAUAAUCCCUUAGAAGUUCAUUUGCAAGUUACCAAGGAACAAUAUCAGGUUUAUUGCGAGAUGGGUUCGUCUUUCGAAUUAUGUAAGAUAUGUGAUGAAAAUAAUAAGGAUACGCAACUAGAACCGUGCGGUCAUUUGAUAUGUAAACACUGUUUGCGUAACUGUCAAUCUACAGGUAACGGUCGGACAUGUCCAUUCUGUCGCUUGGAAAUAAAAGGCAUCGAAGACAUCAUAGUCGAUCCCUACAAACCAGUAAGCAGUCCCACUAAUUGCGUUUUUCAGAGCACUGGGUCUAUUGCGUUUUGUCAUCGAGAACCACUACUUCAUGAACUUACUAACACGAACAUAGAUGCCCUUUCUUGUUCGGUAAGUAACUUAUGCAACAAACUGAAUCUUACAUCUAACUGUGUAGCUAUAAAACCACCACCCAUACCACCAAGGAACUUAUGCCUGACUCCUAAUACUGAUGAACAGGAAUGCGAACCUCACACUAGUUGUCAGAACACUAUUUCAUCUGUAAACCAUGAACUGGGGAUAAAUGUUUGUUCACUAACUUCUAAUCUUCAUAUGAAAAGUCAAGAGACAACUUCUGAUGUUUCUUUGAGUGCCGCACUUGCACAAGCGCAUGGCUGUGAUGAUCGAACGAGGUUGUGUCCCAGGGAAAAUGUAUCAUGCAUGCCACAGGUCCACUUGCAGACAAGCAUGUUAAACAUCAAUAACGCAGUAAAUGUAAAUUACGCUCAGCUAGAUCUAAACAAAUCAGUAUCGAGUGAUGAGUUUGAAAUUCCAGUUUCUAGCGAGAUAAAUACAUUCAAAGACAAACAACGUGACAUAAUAAUUACGCAAUCUCAAUCAAGUUACCAUUCAAACUGCACCUUCGGAUCUUUACCAAACGAUAGUCAGAAAACCUGCAGUUCUAAAGAUAACGUAUCGACAGGAAUAUAUUCACUAUGGAUGCAUUGGAUUGUAACGAAUCUAAAUCAUUCUCUAUGGAAUCCAUAAACGAAAAUGUAAGACAGUUGCUUAACUUGAAUCCUGAUAUGACUGGAGAUGUAGCGAAGCUUUUGUUAAAUAUAACGGAAAACCGUAUUGAUAUGUCGAAUGAAAUUUGGAAAUAUUUUAUGCCUCGUUUGUAAUUACUUAUUUACUGAAUGCAUUACCAAUGGGCGAAUUGCCACAGCCAAAUGUUUAUUUCAUUUUAUACUUUAUUACUUUCAAUGGAAAUCGUAUUGC